AUGAUUCCUCAGCUUUCAGCUCUCUUGCUCGCCGGUGCGCUCUCGGUUGUAGCCCUCCCCACAGAGUCGCUAUCCAAGCGUGCUGAUCCCAAAGCUGUGUUUGCACAUGUUAUUGUUGGGAACACAUACAACUACAAUAUCGAUAAAUGGAAGUCGGACGUCUUACUGGCAUCGUCCAAGGCUAUAGAUGCAUUCACUAUGAAUGUUGGUCGCGACGAUUGGCAGCCCGCUCGAGUAAAGGAUGCGUACAAUGCCACGCAACAGGUAGCCCCUAACUUUAAGCUCGCACCCAAACCGGUAUACAUACAAUGGAAGAUGUUCCUGUCGACGUUCGCCGGUCAAUCGUGCACAUUCGGUCAAGGCAGUGCGUCUGCGGGAUGGAAAUGGCUAGUCAAUAAUGCCGGGACGCCGUUGUACUUUAUUCCCAACGUACAGAUUGAUGAUGCGACCCAGCUAUCUACGACCUGGAGCUUCAUCGAUGGAUACAAGCUCUGGAAUGCCUGGCCAAGGUCCGCCACGGAUGGAAACCAGUGGGAUGAUGACGCAUGGUGGAUGUCUAAUGUGAAAGGAAAAGGUUACUUGACACUCGUAUCGCCCUGGUUCUUCAUCCACCGUCCUGGUGGAAACCCUGAAAUCAACAACCGCUAUCUGCGUGGAGAUAAUUUCGAGUAUCGUCAACGCUGGCAGCAACUGAUCUCGAACCGCGGCUCGCUGCCAUUCGUCGAAGUCGCAACAUGGAACGACUAUGGCGAGUCGCACUACAUUGGACCCAUGUCUGGCGCCUGGCCGUCUGACGUCAAAUACAUUACUCCAAACAAUGACCACCAAGCAUGGGCGGACUACACUUGGUACUACGCUACGUGGUGGAAGUCGGGUGCGGCUCCUACAAUUGGUACCGAUCGUGUGUAUAUGUGGGCUCGACCUCACCCGAAGAACGCGACGGUAUGCUCCAGCGAUGGGGUUGGAGCUGUAUUAAACGCAAACUGGGCUGACGACCUUCUUUACAUCUCUCUGUUCUUGAAAUCACCUGCCCAAGCAUACUGCUAUUCUGGUGGAAAAAACUCUGGAACGAAGAGUCUGAGUACAGGUGUUAAUGAGUUUACUGUACCACUCUCUGCAGGUGGAGUUGGGUGCACGGUGACUCGUAACGGUGUCACGAUCAUCAACUAUAAGCCGACAGACUUUACAUACAGCACAUCUCCAUCUGUUUGCAAUAUGAACGCUUGGACUGGAUUGCUUCGCGGAUAA